AUGCUGCUUCUAGACUAUCAGAACGUAUUAAUAGAGUCUAUACUCAAGGAGAGAUUAUUUGGAGCUCCUCCCGCUUCUAUUGACCAGACCGUUUCCGACUUCGAUGGCGUAAUCUUCCACAUCUCAACCCCAGAGACCAAGACCAAGAUAUUGGUCUCCAUUCAAAUCCGAUGCUUUAGGGAUCUCGUCAAGUACGGUGCCGAACAGGUACUUCAGCGAGAGUAUGGUCCCUAUGUCGUAGCACCCGAGACCGGCUACGAUUUCUCCGUCCAAGUCGACUUAGAGAACCUACCGGAGGAAAAGGAGGCACGAGAUGAGUUGGUCAGCAAGAUCUCCUUAUUAAAGCGGAACGCAAUGGCUGCCCCGUUCGAGCAUGCUUAUGCCGAGCACUACAAGUUGAAAGAGGAUGCUUCGAAGUAUACAUCAGAAGAAGCACCCCAAGGUGUUCGAGAGGGCGGUGAGGUUAUGGCUAUCCACUACCGUGACGAGGAAGCUAUCUACGUCAAGGCAAGCCACGAUCGUGUAACUGUUAUCUUCAGCACCAUCUUCCGUGAGGAGACCGACAGGGUAUUUGGGAAGGUUUUCAUUCAAGAGUUCGUCGACGCCCGAAGGAGAGCCAUCCAAAAUGCACCCCAAGUUCUAUUCAGGAAUGAUCCGCCCCUAGAAUUACAAGGGGUUCCUGGUGUGCAGGCAACUGAAGGUAACGAAGUUGGAUAUGUCACAUUUGUUUUAUUCCCACGACACCUGACACCCCAACGAAUGCCCGAUGUCAUCUCUCACAUUCAGACUUUCCGAGACUACUUCCACUAUCACAUUAAAGCCUCCAAGGCGUAUAUUCACUCCCGUAUGAGAAGGCGAACAGCAGACUUCUUGCAAGUACUCCGAAGAGCCCGACCUGAGAACGAAGAAAAGGAGAGGAAGACAGCAAGUGGAAGAACAUUCAAGGUUCAAGCUUAG